CACAUUGUGACGUAACAGUAGAUAAUGUAGUCCUUUAUGACGUCACAAUUGCAGUCUUCAAGAUAGUGCAGAGAUAACAAGUAAAUGCCGUUCCAUCACCGAAGGAAAUCCACUGAAGAAGAGAUCAUCUUAAGUAGCACGACAUUCAGAGUCCUGAGCAACUGAAGGGGAAGACAUCAGCAUCAAGAAACGAAGUCGGUCAAGCUCAAAAGAUCCGGAAAAAAAUAGAAAAAAACGGACCUCUCCAGGAAAACAAAGAACGUCAUUCAAUCGGAGCUGGACUAAAAAUAGAGCUGAGCAAAUCAGGAACGUUGCAAGGAAAGACUGCUCAAUAUUACACUGAGAGAGGAAACUCAAAAAGGGCAUCUAGCAGAAAAUAAUCAGAGAAUACUCUAGAUAAUGCAAUGGAGGGUGACGAAGCAAAGCGCCUAGGUGAUACUGUAAAAGUUCAGGAUCAAUCCCACGAUGAAGCGAACAAAAACCCUGUAAAAAAUAUAAAGUAUAUAAACUCAGAGAGGACUUCAAAUGGCGCCAAAGAUAAGCCUCUAAUGAAGGGUCAGGACAUUAAACCGGACAAAAAAGAUAAGUCAAUUCCAAAAAGGGGCGUGGUCAACACCAAGGAAAACAAUCAAAGAUCGAGAAUUCCUGUAUCCGAAAACUCAAACAUUAUUGCCGUAAAUCAUGUUAAUGGAGAUGAUAGUUUCAAAGCGCAACGAAAAUGUUCACUUCUCUCUGAAAAAGUAUCGUCUCGCGACACCAAAAGCUCGAAAACCUCUUCCGAGAGUGUGGACAUAAAGGGAAAUAAAUUAUACGCCGAGUUUAUGGACAUUAAAUUAUCAUCAUCACAUAGUUUACAACAAAAACCGCCUAAUGAAUCAGUAGAAAAACAAAACUCAAAAGGAUCAGUAGACACAGGAAUGCCUGCCCGGGUAUUAGCUACACCCGCAGCCAGGAGACUGAAUCAGAGGGGCGGAUCUCAUACAGAAACUGGGACAAGAGAAACCGGGCAUCCCCACAGUGUGGGACGGGAUAAUCCAAAUAACGUGACCAACGGUGAUCAUCAAAUUAAUGUGUCCAGUAACAGUGGAAAUACAGAGGAGGGUGAGAUCUCCUUAAGAAACGCCGUCAGAAAAUCUUCUCGGGGCAGUUCAAUGUCAGUGGAAUACAGAAGAAAAAGACAGGUCAGAAAGUCAUCUAAUGACAGCUUAAUGUCAGCGGAAAACAGAACAAGAGCGCAGAAGGCAACAAAACAUGGAAAAAUGGCAAAGAAGAAUGCAAACAGACAACAUAUAAAAAUGGGUCAGAGAGGGAUUUCAAUUGAAUCUGUUACACAGAACUCCGAGAUAUCUCAGGGUUCUCUGUUAUCUUUCUCUGAAGAUGAUGACGUAAUGGAGGGCUAUCCUGCUCCUACACCGCCAUCUUUACUUCAACCCACGACAUUCAGUGACGGAGGACUAGACACGAUUAAUGAUCUCGUCCAUAAGGCUUCAUUAGAAGAAACCAGUAGUUUUGAUUCGCUGCUACAGUACCUUUGUGGAAAUCUGGAGUCUGAUAUAGCCCGUGUUCGCGCCAUUUACUGCUGGGUAGUCAGUCAACGACUUCCUAUUUUGGAUGACGUCAAAGACAUUCCUUCACCAGAAACUCCCAUUGGCUACCUCUGUCUCAUUACGCAGAGAAAAGGGUCCUAUGCUGCAUUGUUCUGCAAGAUGUGCAGGUAUAUCAACAUACCAUGCGUUGUUAUUCGAGGCGUUAGUAAGGGGGUAGCGUAUGACGUUGGAGAGACUAUGGACCACACAAAACACAGAAAUUCCUGGAACGCCGUGUACGCGCAGGAAAACUGGCGCCUUGUUCAUUGUCACUGGGCGUCCAGAUCAGCGAGGGGAUACAAGUCAGGAGAAUGGGCAAUAUUAGAUUGUCCGGAAUUCCGUAAAGAUACCGUGUAUGGAGAAAGUAGAUCGUACGUUGUCAAUUCGCCUAUAAACGACUGGUAUUUCUUCCCCGAACCAUCAGUAUUUAUCGACAAGUGUUUUCCGAAUGAUGACAGGUGGCAACUUUUACCAAAGAAAAUCAGCAAAGCUGAAUUCGAAUCCCGGCCGUUUCUGCAACCUGCCUUUUAUGCCUUGGGGCUUAAACUUGUGGAGCCAAAUCGUUCAUGUGUAGCUCACAUUCAUGGAAAGUAUGUUCUUCAAAUCCGAAUGCCUCUGGAAACUCGAGAUAGAUUAUGUUUUUCUUAUAACCUUUAUUUUCUACGAGAUUUUACAGAUGAAGGGGAAUAUGAAUAUCCGACUCUAGAUAGGUAUACCGUUCAUUAUUGUUUGAAUGAAGUGGCUUUCUUUGAGGUUCGAUUCCCCCCGCUUUGUGUUGGAGAAUAUAAACUCCAGAUUUAUUGCUGUAACAACGAUAUUUGCCUUCCAUCAGAAUGGAUCUGUGAUUUCAGGAUUGUCUGUGAGAAAGGCAUGAACUUUAGUGUACCGCUACCAGUGGUGCCAAAAAUAGGCUGGGGAAGAAACUCGGAGCUAGCUAAAUACAAGAUAACCGCAGUUUCGCACACAGGAGGUCUGUAUUCAUUAGACAGUGGAGAAGUGAGGUUUCUUUUUAUUUUCCCGCUAGAAACAGAUGCUAAAGCAGAACUAAUAAAAAAUGGACGUUCAAAAUCUGAUUUUGUGGAGAAUGUUAAAGUUGAGAAGAAUGGUGUCGAUGUUAGUAUUACUGUAGAACCUCCGUGUGAAGGUGAAUUCGCUUUACAGAUUUUUUGUCGUGAGCGAGGUAGUCAGAAUGAAGUGAAUGUUUGUAAUUAUCUGCUGGAAAGGACGUUUCCUAUUGAGUCAAAAUCACAAGAAAAGGCGAGGAAACACCUUUUGUCUGCAAUUUUAAGGACAACUCUUACAGCACAAGAAUUAACAGACGCCAUCGAAAUGUUUGUGAGUUCUGGAGCUAUAGAUCGCGGUGAAUUGGGGGCGGCUAAAUAUAAGCUGUAUAUGCUGAAACAAAGAGAAGAACUUUUGGAAGCCAUGGCACGUAGAAAUUUAGACAGACUGGAAAAGGUUCUUAUGGAUAUAAGCGAUGCCAAGAUGGAGAACGAUAUAGGCGUCGAUCUUGUAUCUAACGCCGAGAAACUGCUGACCCACCUGAAGAGAUUGCUGCGGUUCCGGGCGGCUGUCCUGGAGAUGGAUUCCAAGACAAUCUCAGAACUCCGUAGUUACAACAAGCCGCCACUGGCCGUGCACGGAGUCAUGGUGGCCACCUAUGUCCUCCUGGGGGUCGACGAAAAGGAAAUGAGGCACUGGGUCGGUGUUCAGAAUUUGAUCGGUAAGAGAGGUAGAGAAGGACUGAAAAAGCGAGUGGAGAACUUUGAUGGCAAGUCUGUCAGUCAGAAAAACUGGCACAGAGCCAAGGAAAUCCUAAGGGACUACGAUCUCUAUACUGUACAGGACGCCAGCGCAGGGGCCGCUACUUUCUAUCAAUGGGCUAUAAAUAUGAUAAAAGACAUCGAGGAACAGAACCAAACUUCAAGCUGAAGGCUGGUCCGGUUAGAGAAGAGUUUUCUUCAGAGGUUUUGUUGGAUUUUUUUUUCAAAGUGUCUCAGGACUUUAAAUGCUCUUGUUAUCAUUCAUUUACUUCAAUGAGAAAUUAUUUUUUUCAAACUUUUUAAAGAUGUACAAGUAUUUUUUUUUUAUUUUGCUGACCAUUUAAUGAAUCAGUCUUUAACUAUUUAUAAUUUACCUCGAAUUCUAAAAUUUUGCAAAGUGAAGCACAAAUUAUUUGAUCAUUUUAUAUUAUAUGAUGUUGUAUCAUGAUAAUUAUAUAAAAACAAACACAAAUAUUAUUAUUUUUCUUGUUUAUACUGUUAUAGGCGAUUUAAUAUUGAGUGCAAGUUUUGCAUUUAAUUUAAGUCGCGCCAUAUUUCUGGUUAAAAGUCAUAGGUACUUGCAACUCUCUCUCUAAUUCUCAAACAUUUCAAUUGUACAUGGUAAAAAUAAAGGGCUGCUGUCGUGCAAAGAUGCUCAGAAAAUUCAUUAAUUUAUACGUCACAUUUUGGAUA